UGUGUGGGCCCAGCCUAAUACUACACUCAUUAUUAUAUAUGUGACAAUGAUUAUUGUGAUCACGUGACUAACACCUCCAGGAUGCUCAUGCUCUGUACUGCCUGUGAUAAACCAAUCCUAGACAAGUAUGUUUUGACUGUUCUUGAUCAGCCAUGGCAUCCAGCCUGUGUCAGAUGUGCUACCUGUGGCCUAAGUUUGAAUGAAAAAUGUUUUGCCCGCGACAAUAAACUGUUCUGCAGAGAAGAUUUUUAUAAAAAGUUUGGACCUAAAUGUGAUGGUUGUGGACUAGGAUUGAGUCCCCUGGACCUGGUCCGAAAAGCUAAGGAUCGAGUUUUUCAUCUAAAAUGUUUCACCUGUAUUAUCUGCAGAAAACAGCUGCUGACAGGAGAAGAACUGUACGUGGUCAAUGAUGACAAGUUUGUUUGUAAACAAGAUUAUCUACAGAGAAACGAUGUUGGAUAUGACGAGGAUGAACUGGAUGAGGAUGAGGAUGAGGACGGAUAUGUGGAACCUCGGAAGCUUGACCUAGGGUCUCCAACCUCUAACCUCAACAAAACUCCUUCUCUCAUUGAUUCUUCAACAGAGAGAGAUCUUAAUGAUUCAGAAGGAUCAAUGAACGGUGAUGUAGAUGGUGAUGAUGAGAAAGGAUAUAAAGAAGAUGGAUCUGGGGGUAAACGAAGAGGACCUAGAACAACAAUAAAAGCUAAACAGCUGGAAGUUCUGAAAACAGCUUUUAAUCAGACUCCUAAACCAACACGACACAUAAGAGAGCAGCUAGCGAAAGAGACUGGUUUACCAAUGAGAGUUAUUCAGGUUUGGUUCCAAAACAAGCGGAGUAAAGAGCGACGAAUGAAACAAUUGGCCGGACGAGGUGGAGGAUUUUUCGUCGGAGGAAAGCGAAUUCGAGGAUUUGGCCUCGGUCCACCAGGAAUGGACGACGGACAAUUUUUCUAUGACGGAAUGGGACCGGACUAUGGACGAUAUCCACCUGAUUUUUUCACUGGGGGGCCUGGAUUCCCAGGGGGACCUAAUUUGAGCUUUAAUAAUAUGGGGCCGGGAAUGGAGCAGCCUUUACCAAUGAAUAUUCCUACUUUACCGCCCCUGAUAGGGGAGUUUAAUCAGGGGCCCCCACCCAGGGACACCUUCAACCAUCUCAUCCCUUUCUCCAGAGGGGAGGGACCCUUGGCACGACCUCCACCAUCCUCGACCCCAGAGAGUUUAAGGAGUCCGAGGCCGGGCUCUAGACCAGGAAGUCAUGUUGCCUUUUCAAACCAAAAUAUAGAGGAAGGGAUCGGAGUUUGGUAAAUCCGAAGAAAAAGGACAAAAUAAACUUGAAAAGAACAAAAUUGAUUGAUGCGGAGAAUGAAAGUUCUACGAUAAGAAAACGAUGAAUACCAGCUUAAUACUCAAGCAUUUUUAAACCAGCUUUUUUAUUUUGUUUUCGACAGCAUAAAAUAGUGCCAUAUACUCAUAAUUUUAUUUCCUUGCAGUGUUCGCAACAAUACAAGUUUUCUAAUAAAGAAAAUAUUUUAAACAAUUUUAAAAUAAACACUGCUUUUUUUGCUGUUGCUUUUCUGGCUGGAGAAUUUUUCUUGAAAUUUAUUAGAAAGAAAGUUUCCUGGCCCCCAGCAGCUUAAAGUUUGGAAUAGGUACAACUUUUUUUCAAGUUUAAGUCUAAUUUAGUCAUUUGUUAAAAUUAUACGAGGCCUGUUGUAAAAGUUCUAGUUAAUUUCAGUAAUUAUAAUUAUAUGUAUUAUUGGAGAAAUAAAAAUUAAGCAAUGAAAA